AUGUCCAGGGCUUGUCUGACAAGGUACCGCACGUCGAUCUGGUUCGCACGGAGCAGAGCAACGAAAAUCUGGGUCACCAGCUUGGCCGGCGUGUCGAAAGCAACAAUGAAGAAAGCCGUCGAAACGUACGCUGCCUGUUUGGUUAUGGCGUCGUCCAACGAGAUUAGGUUCCAGUUGAACUUGAUCACGUCCUUCUUGUACUCCAGAACAGCUUCCGGAACGCUUCUUUCAAGCAAAGCAGUCAGUUGCAAAAGCUCGAGUCUUUGUCUGAACAGAUCCUUCUGUUCCUUGAACCAUUCACGGUCCUGGUUACCAAUAGCUUCCACCAAGUCAACAAGGUUGGCAAACUUUAUGUAUCUGACGUUUGGCUGUUGUUCUUCAACAACACUCUUGACGAAAACGUCCAAUUUCGACUUGACCUGGUUUCUUAGCUCAGGGGCGUCUUUCAAACCGGAGAAAUACGCCAGCCAGCAACCGUGGAUUCUGGAGUCAAACUUCUGGCUGAAGUACGUCACCGAGUGGUCGCCGAAUCUGUUCAGGAACUUGGCAAUUGGCAAUCUGAAUGGAGAGCUUUGGUAA